AUGUUUAACUCCACUCCUUUGCAACCUCGGCUACCCAAACAUCCUCAAAUUAACAAUCAAGAUGACUUUACUUUGUCCUCACCAACAUUACCCCCACCUUCCACUCCCGUCGCAAUACACCCACCAUUCCUUACUAUCAACCAAAAUCUAUCCUACACCACCCCACAACAUCCACUUGCCAGCCAGAAGCCCUGGAAAAUCUAUCGAAAUGGCUAUGAAUCGAAGCCCAAGACACCGUCAUACAAGCUCAACAAUCCAGGACAUCCUUGA